CGUCCGGUCACCGACCCCGCUCUACGGCCCACUUCUCACUCAGUCAGUAAACCGGAGGACUAAGGACGGCGCCAUCUUGCCAGGCACGUUGCCAAGUUGGGCGAGGAUAUCUGGAUUUUAAAGAUUUCUGCUAAUAUUCGAUGAGGAGUCGAGUGAGUGCGUGAGUUUAGCGAAGCGUUGCUACAGGAGUGAAUUGUGACUUGAAAUCUGUGUGAAACUGUUGUUCCAAGUGGUUUUUCCCCAUGGAAGAUUAUCCUGAAUCCAAAGUAUGGAUUUUUCUAAAUAUUGGACUAUCCUGACGACCAAACUUUUGACUAUGAAACUUCUCAAACCAAAUGACACGACAAUCCAUUUUCCAUGCCUCAUCACCGACCACCGUCCCCUGCCAGUGCACCUCGCCUUCAGAGGCAUCAGCAUUGCCACCGGCGGCCGAAAAAUCCUCCACGAUGUCGACGGUUUGGUGCGACCGGGUCAGAUCCUCGCUGUCAUGGGACCAUCAGGGUGCGGCAAGACGACCCUGCUCAACUGCCUCAGCGGACGUCUCAAGCUCGACGCCGGCCAGAUUUUCCUCAACAGGGACCCGAUGUGCAAGAGGUGGAAACGGAAGAUCUGCUACGUCCUGCAGCAGGACAUCUUCUUCCCGGAUCUCACCCUCAGGCAGACCUUGGAAUACACCGCCAGACUCAGGUUACCGGACACCAUGAGCCAUUCGCAGAAGAUGCAGUAUGUGGAUCACAUUAUUGACGUGUUGGAGCUGCAGCACUGUCAGGAUACCAUUAUUGGAGACUACCUCAAAAGGGGCCUGAGUGGUGGGGAGAAGAAGAGAGCAAAUAUCGCUUGCGAAUUGCUGACCAACCCCUCGCUCAUGCUACUCGACGAACCUACCUCUGGAUUAGAUUCUCACGCAGCUCAUAGUUUAAUACAGACCCUAAAGAAAUACGCGGUUAACGAAGGAAAAACAGUUGUGAUAACCCUUCACCAGCCGUCUUCCCAGAUUUUUCAUUUAUGUGAUAAACUUCUUCUUUUGUGUAACGGACAAACUGCAUACUUCGGUGAUACUUCCAAAGUAGUGGAUUUCUUCAGUAGUAUUGGUAUGCACAUAAUGCCGCAUUAUAAUCCUGCAGACUUCAUAUUGGAACAGGUGAAAGGGUCUUCGGAAACGAGACAAAGGAUUACGACUGCGGCAAGGGAAUUGAGAAAUAGUAAUGAUUACCCUCCUGAGCUUCGAUGUCAUAACUGUUCUUAUAUCAACGACAAAUUGAAUGACCAUAGCAAUAAAUUAAUAUCGAAUGGACCAUACCCUGCCCUUGAACAAGAUACCAUAAACUCAAUGGAGCCGGACGUUAGGAGGUUAUGGCUGGAUACUCACUCCCACGCUUCUUCUUCGGCAAGUUCGGACACCAGCGAGUCAGACUGCUACUUCGCCUGGCCCACCAGCUUCUGGACUCAACUCAAGGUCUUAGUACAAAGAAAUUUCCACGAGGCACGGCCGCGGAUGCUGUCGAAGCUGAACUGGGUGCAGACUAUAGGUUUAGGGAUUAUGGCAGGAUUACUUUGGUUCCAGCUGCAGAGGAGGGAGGAAUGCCUGCACGAUAUUCAGGGAUGGAUGUUUUUCUCGACCACGUACUGGAUGCUGUUCGCGCAUUUCGGAGCACUCAGUUCGUUUCCUCCCGAACGAGAAGUCAUCAACAAAGAAAGGAGAUCAGGUGCUUACAGAUUAUCAGCCUAUUACAUCGCCAAGAUGAUUGGAGAGUUACCAUUAACAAUAACGUUACCUGCAAUAUAUCACUUUAUAUCGUAUCCUAUGUUAGGUUUUCAUUCCCCAUUUGUGUUCUUCACACUGCUGGCGUUCCUUCUGCUCAACACCAUUGUAGCUCAAAGCGUGGGAUUCUUCAUAGGCGCAUGCUGCAUGGAUAUGCAGGUUAGCAUAACAGUCAGCGCUCUUUACACGUUGGCAACGCAACUGUUUGGUGGGUAUUUGGCCACCAAUAUACCAGUGUGGUUGACGUGGAUGAGAUACCUCUCUAUGGUCCACUACGCUUAUCAAAAUAUGCAGAUCAUCGAGUUCGGCGAAGGGCUACCAAUACUAUGUGCCCAACAAUCCAAAUUUCCAAUAUGUAACGUAUCUGACCACAUACCAGUCACUGCCAUUUUAGAAGCUCAGGGAACACAUUUACCACUAUGGGCGAACACCCUAGUACUGUUUAUGUUCUUCGUGAUUUUCCGUAGUUUAGGCUAUAUCGUAUUGCGCUACUUCAAAAACCCAAAGUGAUCCUAAAAACCCUUCUGAACAGAUGCAUCUAAAACAUGUGAUAAUAUACUUUAGUAGAAUCAAAUGUAUCCAUGAAACAAUGAAGAGGUCCUUUUUAUCGAUGUCGUUUUAAAAAUCCGAGCUCUAAUUCAUAGAAUUUUAAUCGAACGGUGUUCACUAAUUAGAAAAUCGUUAUCGACGUUAUUAGGGCGCCAAAAUCUCAUAAGAUUGUUUUCACUUCUGAAUAAUGUUAAUAAUAAUAAUAAUUGACAGUUAUGACUGCGGUAAAUUUAAUUUACAAAUAGGCUGUGCUUACAUUAUAAUAAUACUAUAACUCAAUUCACGUUUUACUUUUGUUUUAAUAUAAGGUUAUAUUAUUUAAUCAUUCAUUCCAACUUGUAUCGUUUUGUUUCGAAGGAUUUCAACAGUUAGUGUUAGGUGUUCACGACUUUGAAACUGAAAAAGCGAUUUCUAAAUUUCACUCCGAACACAGAACAGUGGAUGCGUUUGACUUGGUGUACGUCACGUACACUAACUUGUUUUUUUUUCGAGGGGGGGAGCUUUUUAGGAUUGUGCCUUGGUUUUUAUGAACUAAUGUGCCAAGAAUUUGCAACCAGCUACGGUUUACUGCCCAUUUUGAACCAAUUUGUAUUAUAGAAGGAAAAUUAUAGAGAACUCGAUGUGAAAAUGUUUCGUUCACAUAUAAUUGAACUUUGUUUUUAAAAUUUCGAUCCAGCUGUUUAUAUAAUGGAUCUUGUGAAUUUGGAAUGUAAGAAAUAUGCUAAGUGAAAGUUAUUUCUUGUUAAACUGGAGGAAAUUUAUGGAAUAGCGGUACUGAAUCUGUUUUAUUUCCUAGAAACUUGAACGUGAUAUGGAUGUAUUAGUUCCUGGCUGUAGUUUGAAUAAAAAUAGCAAUUAAAAGAGUUUAUGAACUAACCAACCGGCACAUAUGAACUUUCAACUGAUAAGACUGUUUUUCCACAAUCAUCAUUUCAUAAAUUUCCAAAUACUCAUACAUAAUCGUUAAUUCUUAUUGUAUAUUUUUCUUAUUAUUAAUAUUGAAUUAGGAACAUCACUAAAAUACAUGUAGUUUCGAAAAAUUCUAUAUUAUUGUUUAUUUUUAUUUAAUGUAAAAUAGAAAUCUAAAAUAUUAACCAUAACCACGUUAUUUGAUUACCAAUCAAGUGUUCAUGCACUCAGUCAAAGCUGCCCUAUGUUCAAGUCUUCUCCGAUGAAUCACCAAACUAAUGUAAGGUUGUACAAAAGUUAUAUUUAUACUGUUACGGUAUUCCUCGAAGGACUUGGGGCUGUAAUAUAACCAUAUAAAUAGUUAUUUUACUGAUUGAAAUCGCUUUUUAUUUAUGUUACUUGUAAAUAAAUUUAAUCUUGACCAAAUAGAAAAUUAAUUUUUUCAAACUUUUCAUUUUCCACAAGGCUGUGCUCUUUUUUCACUCCUUGUUUAUUUGUUUGUUCGUUGAAAGUUUUAUUUGUUCGAACCACUUCGGAUAUGAAUAUUUAUAUGAAUAUAAGUGUUGCUUCAUAGAUAUUUCGAUAUAUGAAAAAUAAAAUUGUUUUAUGGUGAAAUUGAAGGGAAAAAAUCAAAAUUUUCAAUAGACAAUAAAUAACAUUUGAUUUUGCUUCAUUUGGUCGCCUAUCCUAAGGUUAAUUUAUUAUGGUUUCGAUGUUUGAAAAUUCGAAAACGUUGUGCUUUGUCGAACCAGUUGUGCUAGUCUUAAAUAUUGAUAUCUGAUAUGUGUACGUUGUUGAUAGAGCACCAUUUCUGCUGUUUCAAUUAUCAAGCAUGGAUCCGAUAUUUAUAAAAUAUUUGCAGCCAGUUUUAAGAGGUUUAUGCUGGUCAGAAGAAUUGACUAUGUAUAACCCUAGAUUAGCAUUUGAUACGUAAUUCUUGACACAUAAAAACGAGAAGGGGUAAAUUAAAGCUGCCAUUGAGACUUCAUGCCAAAAUGUGAAAAUAUAUAAGAUAAAUGAAAUUUUUGAGAUUUGAUAUCAAAAUAUUCAUCAUAUCACCAUAUUGUGUAUGCUCUGUUUUUUUAAUACUUAUCCAAUGCAUCUUUUAAUACUUCCAUUUAUAUGUAUAAUAUGUACAAAAUAUGAAACUCCUGUAGAUUAUUCUAUGUUAUAGCUGAUCCUGGUCUCAAACAGGAAAUAUCUAUCAAUAUAUUGAAUCUUUAAUUAUA